UUUUGGAGGAUACAUACUGCCUACAACUUCAUCAGAAGGUUUGAAACAACGUCGUAAAUGAACGGAAAGAACCGAUCUCCAAGACCGAUCUUACCAACAGACGGAGGGGUAGAGCACUAAGACGCUUCAGAGCUGUGCAAUAGAACCACAGAACAAUGACGAGCGGCAACCUGCAGGGUGGAGGGGCUACUUCCUCAACCGAGAUUGACAUGCCGAUGCCACCCGCGACCUAUAACGCAGCGGACUACAGCGGACACACGAACCGGGAGAGUAUGUGCUUCACGUCCAACCCAAACGGGGCCAUGGAUACGAUCGAAGCCCACAACACCAUCUACCACAAGCCCACUCUCGACGGGCCGCAGACAGCUGGUAUUUUUGAUAAAGACCGCUUUACUUUCAUGUAGUAGCGGUGCGUGCUUGUGCUAGACGAAGACGUCGAGUCAGUCUAAAUGAAAUAACUUUGAUUUGAAUUUUGCUCGAUUUCCCAUCAGCCAUGGUCAUGGUGACAUGUACUACAUUUUCGGACUCGUUCGUUGUGGCGGAACCAGCUUUAUCACACAAAAAAUGUCAAUGUUGAUGUUCAAUUUUUUAAUCACAACUCAACUAUCAGGCUUGCUCGCGCGCUUCGAAGCUGGGCCCCGGCACAAGCGAUCGCAGAGCAGCAAGAUGAUCUUGAGCCACCUUCCAGCCGCCACCCCGGAGUAUACGAAGUACAACUAUUUGAAGCCCAGCGGGAUUGCCACCGGUUCGCAGGAAACGUUCAACUACCAUCCAACGUAGUGAAUUCUUUUUCUUCCUGUUCAUCCUUCUCGUUCAUAUAAUUUACAAGCUGUCGUGUCGUGCUCAUGUUUUUCCUGCUAGUGCUACUACGGCCUUGAAUGCCCAACAUAACGCUAGUACAUUCCAAAUCACAUUCACACUUAAUUUUUCAUCUCCUGGCUGCGGCGGACCGAGAUCGUCGGGUACGCGUACGCACAACCACAACUAUAACGAUAAUCAUCAAACCUUUAGUUUCGAAAAAGAACGCACAUCAUAUAAAAAAUGAUCUCUCCUUUAUCAGGUCUGACCUUCGGGACACGCGCUUCCACCGGGGGUUUCAGCGAAGGCACCAAACCGACAUCCGGCAGGACGCUCCGCGCUUGAACAGGGAGUAUACAGUGCAACAGGACCGAGACGCGCGGGACGAGAAGCGAGUAGAGGGGUGGAACAAUUACACACAGGACUACACGUUUAACCUGCUCAAUGGAGAAGGUAUUGUGAAAUUAAUACGGUGCUUCUUGUUCUCUAAGAUGUAUCAGAAGUACACCGAUUGCAGUGUGCAUGUGCAAAAUUGUGCUGUGAAACGGAAGUGUAGAGUUUUUUUUUUAAAGUGACAGAAAAAAAAAACACGCCCUGAAGAUUAUCCCAAACACCACCAAGGUCGGGGCCGGGAAGCGGAGUUCAAAUCGAUUGGAAAGCGCGUGAUAAACCCGGUGCACGAUCAUGCGGGGUGCUACGAAGAGCACGACCGCGAUCAGCGGAAUAGAGGCGUAAAUAUAGAAUUUUUUAAGGGGUGCCUGGCGUUAGGUUUUACAUCUGUGGUUCUUACGCGUACGCGUACUUCCUGUUUACUUUAGGAAAUGCAGUGCUCAACACAAGCACAACUUCAAUCUUCAAAAAUAAACAAAACAACAGCGUCAAUCCAUGAACCGGUUCUACGAGUAUCCACCGAUGCGACCAAGCGCCAACCGAGAAAACCAGAUCGUGUCGCAAGGGUUUAUCAAUAGCAAGCCAGAGACCGUCAUCAUCGGGUACGUAUGUUUUCUAUUGUUUUUGUUCGCGAUUUGGAAGAUGAGUCUCCUGCUGCUUGAGUAUACGCGCUUUCUGAGCGGAAACCAGACAAAUAAACCAGAACGCAAUAAAAACCAAAAUGCAAGAACUUCCACUUCAUAUGUAUGAAAAGAACGAUUAUCAUUAUUCCAGGUACAGUACGGACGCUGCGCCCCGGUUGAAAAUGAGGAGUCAAGGCGCGCAGGAUAACUUCGCGCACCUGCAGGACAGCUCUGGGGUACGGAACUUUGCGCCCCGAGGUGACAGGAACAAGUCCCAGAUAAUCUUUGGAUGAGUUGUCUGUUAAACGAGACAAAUUUUGCAUUUGUAGGUUUACAGAAGGAAGGAAAGUAAUGUACAACAAUCAUUUCAAAUUAAUCAGAAGCAGAACCUAGAAAGAGAAACUAACACCAGCACAAAAAAUGUACAAUUAUUUACAUCUAGUAAAGCUAAAGAUUGCCGCAGUAAUGUGCGUGUUUCAGUUUCUGUACUAUCACGGAAUCUUCAGAUAGUACACUUGCGAAAAGUAAACUAACAGUAAGUACCAUCCAGCUCAUCGUCCUCUUUGUAAUUAAAAGAAUCUUGUUGUUGUGACGUAAGUACCUUCUGACAUCCAGUUUAGUUGCAGCUUUCGUGUACAAAUUUUCAACUUUUCAAAGUCAAAAUUAAACACACCUCAAUGUAAAAAAACACAUCCCUGGAAAUAAAGCUUGAAAGAGCAAUUUUGCGUGUAGUGGAUGCCUAUGCCACGACGACGACGUAUGCUUCUAUGAUCAAGUUUGAUUGUAUGAUUUUUCCAACAUCACCAACACACUCCGUGCAACCCCGCAGUAAAAAAAAAGGAAAC